CCUCUAUUAGCGUAUACGACCUUCGAAAAUCCCCAAAUCGAGAACUUUCUCCGUUCCUUAGGGUUUUCUUAUUUAAUUUUGCUAAUAAUCCCAGUUUCAGUUCUCUGAAAGGAGCUCUAAAAACCUCGGAUCAGGUCCCAGCUUGUGGUUCUUAAGCCUCCUUUGAUCAACUAAGUUUCAUGUCUGAUCUCGACGUCCAGAUCCCAACCGCCUUUGUUGAACACAACGGAUCUUUGAAAGAACCGAGGUACAGAGGUGUUAGAAAAAGGCCAUGGGGAAGAUUCGCCGCCGAGAUAAGAGACCCAUGCAAAAAGACCCGAGUUUGGCUCGGGACUUUCGACUCGGCCGAAGACGCCGCUCGAGCCUACGAUGCGGCUGCGAGGUCACUCCGUGGAGCCAAAGCGAAAACGAAUUUCCCCGUAGAUCUCACCGAUACCCCACCUUUCGUAGAUGGUUUCGUUGACCGCCGUGAUUUUCAAGACCCGGAAGUGAACCCACAGAGACCCGCGAGGAGUGGCAUGAGCAGUACGGUGGACUCGUUCAGUGGGCCGAGACCGACGGCUGGACCGCCACAGAUCUCGACAGAUUUCGCGGCGGUCUCGGCUCGGAAGCGUCAUCCGAGAACACCGCCUCUGGUGCCGGAGGAUUGUCAUAGUGACUGCGAUUCGUCGUCGUCGGUCGUUGAUGAUGUGGAUAUCGGUUCGUGCCGGAUAAUGUUGCCUUUUGAUCUCAAUUUUCCACCGUUGGAUGAAGCCGAUGAUCUCCAGUGUACUGUUCUGCGCCUUUGAUCACCAUGAUGAUGAUGACGACAGAUUAUUGAAUUUUUCUUUUCUUUUUUAAAGGGAAAAAAGAGAGACGAUUGAUGAAACUGGGCUUAAUUGGUAUGGAAUCUGUCUUUGAUUUUUAUCGCCUCAUA